AUGAGAAGAGACGCUUAUCGAGACAGUGGGCCCAUAGCAUUGUCUCAACUUGAUAAUACGAUCAUUACAAAUCACAGCGAGCAUUCCGAUGUAGAAGCUUCAUCUCCGAGAGAUCUUAAUUUAAACUAUAGAAGCAUAAAUUAUAUGGAGGGUAGUGCGUUUGGAAGUUACAAAGCACGUCCCUCGAGCGGGAUAGGCGCACGCAGCGCGGAACAGGGUAGCGGCGCUGGCGCGGGCGGUGCGAGUGAUGAGUCAAUGCAAACGGCGAGCGCGCAGCCAGGCAGCGAGCCAGCGCCGAGCCGGGCAGCGGGGCCAGCGGGUGUGUUAUCGUUCGCCGAGGUGACUAAAACAGAUGGUGAGUGA